AGGCUUUUUUCGUCUGGAAUUCUGCGGGUUUAUAAAUUAUUCAUAGAGCGAGCCUAUUUUUAAGAGGAGUAAUUGCACGCAGCUCGCACAGUCAGUCAGUGUGUUACUAUCAGCUAUGAGUGCGUGUGCUGUUUUCGCGUGAGCGCUUGAGUGUGCACCAAUCUGCAGAGGAAAGGAGAUUCCAGACGACAGAAACAGUGAGCGUGUGGAAACUUCGUGAAAGACAGUCCAAUUUAAUUGGCUUUAAUUCGAAUAUAUCGUCCAAGCCUGCCAGCCAGUACAGCCGUUGAACAAGGGAAUCAACUGUUGCUGCAGUAGACCGUUUUUUAAACGGACAUUAGGCUAGUAACAAUUCAUCAAGUCCGUGUUGCUGAAUCUGGCCAUGGGUUUGAGAAUGGAUUUUUAACCAUCACCUGGACCUGGUUUAUUUAUUGUGCUGCGCGCUGGAUGCAUGUUGAUCAUGGUCUGUUCUGAUACUGCAUAGAGAAUACAUGCUCUUCCAGAAUGAUCCUACUCCACGCCUCUCCUGGCUUUUUGAUAUUGGUUUAUCAUAUUUUUGUAUCAGACAGUAGCAGUUGCUUGUAGGCAAGGAGACACAUUUGGGCUAUUUGAACAAUUCCAAAAACAGUUGGAGGAUUAUAGUGGAUUGUUUCUUUCUUUGUGACCUUGCCUCUCCGGCGUUAUUCCAGGCGGAUAGAUGCUAAUGAUGGAGAAUAACGGCAUGGAUACGCAUCAUGUUGGAAUCAAUCAUGAAUACGAGCUGGAGGGCCGGCCGCGAUCAUGCACCUGGCCGCUGCCGCCGUGUCCUGAGGAUUUCCCUCGGGGAGUGGAUGAAGUAAAUCGAGGUCUGCCCCUGGCGUCUGUCAAACUGGAGCAGCUUCAGUACAACGUGCCGGCAUGCGGCGGCGGAGCAUCCGAGGGAAGAGGUGGCGCACCCGUGGAGCUCAAACAUCCAGCCGGCGCACCGGUCCCUAUAGCACCCGGCGCUCCUACAUGCAUGUCCGGGGCUGCCCUCGACGUGCCCGGCCAGCUGCGCAAAGCCAAGUCGUCCCGGAGGAACGCGUGGGGAAACCAGUCGUACGCGGACCUCAUCACGCGUGCCAUUGAGAGUGUCCCGGAGAAGAGACUCACUCUGUCGCAGGUUUACGAUUGGAUGGUGCGCUUUGUCCCUUAUUUCAAGGAUAAAGGUGACAGCAAUAGUUCAGCUGGAUGGAAGAACUCCAUCCGCCACAACCUGUCCCUCCACACUCGGUUCGUCCGUGUCCAGAAUGAGGGUACAGGGAAGAGUUCCUGGUGGAUGCUGAACCCAGAGGGAGGGAAGAUGGGGAAGGGACCCCGGCGACGCGCCGCCUCCAUCGACUGCCCCAACGGCACCAAGUACCUGAAGAGUAAAGGACGGGCCAGGGGUAAGAGGCCUGGAGCCGGAGUUGGCAGUGGAGUUGUUGGUCGGGGCAGGCGGCAGGGUUAUGGCCUGGGUCAGGGGGCUCGGCCGGGGAUGCAUCAGGGGUCUCCGGAGCAUGGUAGUCCUGCAGGGAAGGCUGGAGUAGGGGUGGGAGGAGAGGAGUACGAUGCCUGGACGGAUCUCCACUCCCGGACCUCAUCUUCGGCUUCGACGCUCAGUGGCUGCCUCUCUCCCAUCCUAGCCAAAGCUGAGCCAGAUGAGCCAGAGGAGGGAGGCCUAUCCUGCUCCACCUCCCCACGCCUCUAUCCCAGCCCUACCGCCACUCGUUCCCCUGCCCUGGGCACUGGGGGGCACUGCCCUGGAACCUCCAUGGAGCUACCCCAACUCACUGACCUGACUGGGGCUAUCAGCCUGGAUGAAGGCUACCCCCACCCCCAGAACCAUCCCCAGACCCAGCCUCGUAAUGGCUACCCCAGCCCCUACGGCCCCGGCCCCAAGGGGGAAGGCUCCUACUGCGGCCUCGUCUACGGGCAGCCGUCCCUGGGAAUGCUGCAGCUCCACGCCCCCAUGCCCAUGCAGACCAUCCAGGAGAACAAGCCAGCCAGCUUCCAGCGCCCUCUGAGGGCGUACUCAGAGAACAAUGCCCUGCAGAGCCUGCUGACCGGAGGGCCUGGAAGUCCUCAGUACUGCAGUAAGGACAUGGUCACACUGGGAGGGCAAGGAGGGGAGUCACACACGCUCCUGACCCAAGUAACCAAUGGGGUUCACAGCCACAAUCAGAGUCGCAGCAGCCACAAUCAUAGCCAUAGCAACCAUAAUCAUAAUAACCAUGAGCAUGGACACAAUUCAGGCCCACACAAUGGUCACAGCUCAGUUCAUGACCAGAACCCCAGUGGUCAUCAUCAGAAUGGUCUCCACAAUCACGGUCACCCCAACCUGGACUACAACCAUAGCCACAAACAACACCUCAGCCCGGCCACUGACUACAACCAGAGUCACAACCACAAACUGAACCCAAGCCAUGACCACACUCCCUGUUCCAACCAGGGUCACCUCCACGGUCACCUCCAGGGUGGACCCAGACCUCCAGCCCUCCAGGCUCUCUCUCCCAGAGUCAACACAGACAUCCUGCAGCCCUAUAGCCUCAAAACCCCCACCCCAACCCCUAGCCACUAUGGCCCCCUCGCCCCCCACCUCCCCACCACCAACCCCCCGUCCCUGCCCCCCAACCCUGCCUCUGUUCUCGACAUACCCCAGGACCCCUGCCUCCGCCUGGCCUCCGCCCCGGCACCUCACCCCCACCCUCGCCAUCAGCCCUACCCCGGUACCACCUACCACCAGGGUAUAACCAUGACUGACUCCUGGCAUGGCUACUACCACCACACCCUCCACCCCACCCAGAACUACCAGGGCCACCCCCACCACAGCACUCACCACCCCAGUCGCAUGGCUCCAGACCUGGAUGUAAACAUAGACGUUCUCCCCAGCAGCCUAGACAGUGACGUGGAGUCCAUCCUCCUCAAUGACUUCAUGGACACAGAGGGGAUGGGGAUGGACUUCAACUUUGACGGCUCCCUUUCUCAAGGAGUGGGCAUGGGCAUGAGCAUAGCGGCUUUCGCUGGAGCGCCGCAGGGACAUCACAGCCAGAACUGGGUGCCUGGGUGAAGGGGAUUGGUCGGGGAAGCCCAAGGGCCAAUCAGGACACAGCAGAAAGGCUUUUACCCACAAGGCCGAGCUGCAGGGGUCAGAGGUUAGGGAUCAGGGUCGGAGCUUACCCUUGGACUGACUGACUGACUGUGAUGCUUAAUGCUCCAAGACAAAAUAACUGAAUAUGUAUUGUCGUGUUGUUUCCUGAGGGUCCCUUUAACUGUAGAAUCUGUAUGUUCUCUCAUUCUCUCUCUUCCUCUCUCUUUGUUCAUUCUCUCCCUCUCUCUUCCUCGCUCUGUGUUCUCUCUCUCAGUCCCUCUGCACUCAAGUAGUGCCACAGCACCCUCCCAGCUCUGUGCUAUCCCCCUGGUUCAUGUCCUUCAGUUUGUCUGCUAUACUGUAUCACUCCUCUCAUCUCUUGGCCAUCCAUAAGCUCUCAAGCACUUUACAUCCGUCGCUUUCAAAACAGAUGCAGUAUAACAAAGACCAGGGGAAAGUCAUAGUCUGUGUUGGCUUAAGUUGAAUUUAUGCAAACCCCUUUAUUAUCCAUCUCUUCUUAUAAAAAAGAGAGAAGCGGUAUCUUACUUGAGAACAGGAGAACAGGAUCAAACAACUGCAUAAAUAAAUAGGUUCAGCUGGUUGAGAUGCGGGUGCUUUUCAGAAUGUUUUGCAUAUGGGUUGGAAGGUAGGGAGGUCAGAGGGAGGAAGAGGGGGUUGGCAUCACCAGGGUCAGUGCAAAUUCUCCUUCUUCCUCAAUGAUGGAGGGAUGAAAGUAGGCAGGGAUGGAGGAAUGGAGGGAUGGAUUGAGGAUUGGGGUCAGGAGUUCUCCUUCUCCCUGGUGGUGUCACCCACCAUAGAUGGAUGGAGGGAUGGAGGAAUAGAGGAUAAAUAGAGGAUAGAGGGAUGAUGAUAAGGGUUGUUGUGUCCCCCAGUGUGGUCCAGGAGGACAUCCAUCAGACAGCCUUCAUUACCAACUAGUUAAAUGCACCAUCUCCUCUUUAAUCUGUAGAAUAAUGCGAUGGUGAUGCAUCACUAUUGCAAAUGUAAUGUGCUUCUCCCCCCUCCCAUUCACCUCCAUCUGGACAGACACACACACACACACACACAAACACAAACACACACACACAUUCACCUCCGGACACACUGUGUAAAGGCUUAAUGUGUUUUGGCCAAAGUGAUGAUUAAAGUCACUGUGCACUAAAUAGCGGAGGAGGGAGAAAUGGAGGGAUGGGAGAAGGAAAGAAGAAAUGCUAAUAUUCCCUCUGUGCCUCUUCCUCUCCAUUUGGUGGAUUUAUGUAGCUUUCCCCAUAAUGAAAUAAGGAGCGAUCAGGUCCCAUCCUCCCUGCCUGCUCUGCUUCCUGAAGAGGGUUCUCAUUCAACCCCAGCCUAGCUGCUUCCUCCAGCUGACCAACCGCACAACACAACACAACAGCUUACUCAGUCUAGAGUUGGUUAAAUCUGAAAUGGUACCCUAUCCCCCAGUGCACUAAAACCUAAGACUCUGGCCAAAAGUAGUGCCCUAGGUUUGCCCGAAGUUACUGUUGAUGGACUUGAAGUCCUCAGUCCUUUGACCUCAGUGCAGCCCCCCUUAUCCCAUCCUCCAUUCCACCUCUCACACAGCAGUUUAAAGCCUGACAUGUUUUACACUAGGGAAUUGGCACACUGAUUAACACAGUCAGCAAGAUAACAAUUAUUUGUUGCUAUCUCCCCUUCACAGGCCAUUUCUUCCUAUCCUCCUCUCCUCUCCUCUCUCUCUCCAUCUCUCUCUCUCUCUCUCUCUCUCUCUCUCUCUCUCUCUCUUUCUCUCUCAAGCGCACUCUCGCUGUCUCUCUGUCUCUCUCUCUCGCUCACUCCGUCUCUCUUCCUCCUAUCACAUCCUCUCAUUCAGAGGUUAGACGCAGGGCAAACAACAAUAAUUAACUGGCUAAAGAGAUACAUUAUUUAUACUUUUUAUUUAAUCCAAGUGGUGGUGUUUUUUCAUCUCAUCUUCAUGGCACCAGGUCAUAAUUCUCUCCCUUCAGAAAGCACGAGGGAGGUUUUUUGAGUUUGAGGUUAUGUGCGUCCAGUGAGAGGGAAAAAAACCAUUGCUUGAACAAUAAGGUCCUCCUCUAGUCUGGUCCCAGAUCACAUUGUCUUAACGGUACAAAGAGCAUAGGAGUUGGCUGGCUAUAAACAAACAGAUCUGGGAUUAGUCUACACUCCUCUCUUCAGAUUCCUAUAUGUUGCCUCGGUCUGGCUUUACUUUGCUGUUAUCUGGUUUGUGGUCGUUCUGUUCUGUGAUCGUCAGUGAGGUCCUUUGUCUUGAUAGGGUGCUUUGUGUUCGCAGCAUUUUUAUUCCAAAGGGGAGAGAGUCCUUGAGUCUUUUCCUAGCACCUGCACUGCUCUAGAUCGAGAGAGAAAGAUUGAGAGGCAGAGAAGGAUAAAUAUUUUUAGGGGAGAGGCAAGAAUGGAGGUAGAGGGAGAAGGAGAGAAUGAGGCAGAGAAAGGUAGAGAGACGGGGGAGUUUAGA